UAAUAUGGCAAGGAUUUUUAAAAUGUCAUUUUUCAUUGUCAUUGAUUUUUUAGUAAUUUAAUUUCUGAGUUUUAUUUAUUUUCAUAUUAUUUAUAUUUGUAAUAUUUUUUAAAUAAUCUACCAUCAUGUCUAACAGCGGGUCUGAUGAGACGGUGGAAGUCUUAGAAAUACAAGUCCAAGAGGAGGAGUCAGUGGAACCUUCCAUGUCCGAAUGGUCUUCACUCGUCAUGAGUUUAGACGCCCCAAAUCAGAAGAGAGUUCUCUAUGAACAGGGUCUCUAUGAACCUGGAAGUGGAGAAAUAUGUGCCGCUUACGUCAGCCAGUCCGACAGCGCAGUUUUCAGACAUGUUUACUACAAUUACCCGUGCAUCCCCGACCCUGGGAUAUCACACGCGUUAUUAGGACCAGCGCCUAAACCUAUCUACCCUGAUGACGGCCAAGAACUGUACCUAACUCUAUGUAAGCAGAUGAAUCAGACCCCGGUUCGAAUUUUCUACAGAGCGCUGCUCGGAAAUAAGGCGGACUUGAGCUAUUACUGCGUUAAUCCUUACGGCAUCCAAGCUAUGGCCAAGAGUCUAAUCAAUAAUAGAACGCUUACCACCAUUAAUUUGACAGACAACUUUUUAAACGACGACGCCUGCUUCCAUUUAGGUGAGAUGCUGACGAAUAAUACUGCAUUAACUGAGUUAAAUCUUUCGGGAUGUAGGAUCGGGCCGAGCGGAGCUCUCAGACUGUGUGCCGGACUGCCGAAGAAUAAGGGUUUGAAGGUGCUCAAUCUUAGUCGAAAUCAGCUGGGUGAUGCCGGUACUGAUCACUUCGCUGGGGCUAUAUUCUCCCAAGCUAAUGUUCAAGAAGUCAACCUGUCCAACAAUGGUAUCAGCGGAAAAAGUGCGCAAACUCUCUCUGAAGCUUUAGAGUGGAACAACAAAAUAACUUACUUAGACUUAUCCCGCAAUCUUCUGUAUUCCUUCCCUUCCGGACUCUGCAACCUACUCAAUGAGUUAGGAGACAGCACCUUACUUAAAUAUAUAAAUUUGUCAUGGAACAGUUUAUGUGGCACCAAAACAUCUGGAGGAAUAAAACAGAUUUUCAAGGCAAAAAACUUACAACACUUAGACAUUAGCAAUAACAAACUAUCGACCACAGAAGUUGCAAUGGACCUGAUUGCCUCUAUGGCAAAACCUAAGAAAAUGGUAACUUAUAACGUUUCAUACAACCCGAUUAGCGCGGAAGAUUCCAUACAGUUUAUAAAUAAACUACAGACCAAGGUAGUUAAAAUACAGAAACUUUAUAUGGAUGGUAUUAACGUAAACGACAAAUUUAUAAAAAUUUUAGACGCCAUGAAGCAAUUACCAAAUAAACAAGACGUAGAAGUGACUUACGGAUAUGUAGAAGGAUUAUACAAGGCGACAGGUCCAGACCCGAGAGAGACGACGCUGGACAGAGUAGAAUAUAUAUGCAAGAAGCCUAAGAAACAUAAAGUGGAUAUAGCGCUAGUGAUUUACCAGUUACUGAAAGAGGGAAACAAUCUACUAGAAAUAAAGGAAUUUACAGAUGCAAUUAAAUCCGCAGGAGUUGUUUUAGAAGACGGGCUUAUAGCAGAGUUGACUAACAUUUUCUCUGGACCUACUUCUAAAAAGGGGGCAAAGACUGUUGAUAUUGCGAUGAUGGCGGAGUAUAUGAAGAGGAAAUGGCCGGAGAGGAAGCUGCCACCAACGCCGCCGCCUGAACCGGAGCCAAUACCUGAACCAGUUCCUGAGAAGGGGAAGAAGGGAGGGAAAGAAGCAAAGGGGAAGGGCAAGAAGUAGACCAAAUCAACACCAAAAUUAAGUGAUGUGAAAUAUUCGCUGACAAAAAACGAUAAAACUUUUAUAGUUUUAUUUUAUGUUUGUAGUUUUGAAUUUAUGUUAAGUACUUUAUUUUUAUAAUGAUUUUAAAUACUUUAUUUUAUUAUUUUUAAUUUAAUAAACCAUCUGUUACAAUGAAUUUGGUGUUAGAUUUAGUGAGACAAUAAGACAUACCAAUUAAUUUCUUGGAACUUAUAGACGAAAUAUCAUUUAAUAUUUACCAUUCAAAGCUAAUCCAAAUGAGGCCCAGUUUCUUUCUGAAGGUCAGAUCAGUCAGAUGGAAGUCGCUUUCCUACAAAAUAGUGCCUGUUGGGAUUAAGUUGGCAAACGAUUCAGAACUCCCCAAUCUGUGGAAAUGGAAAUAUGCUGGAAUAA